AAAAAAACGAGGGGAGCAGCCGGCCAUUCCCCACCACCGAGCUCAUCGCGUCCCCGCCGCGGCCGCACACCCUAACCCUAGCGCCGCCCCGCCGUCGCCGUCCCCCUGACCGCCGCCUCCAUCACACCCUCGCCCUCGCUCCUCCGCCACUCCCACGAGACCAGCGCUGUCCCGAGUCGGUGCUCGCCGUCGCCCGCCCUUGUCUCGAGAAUUUGCUGUGUCCCUCUCGAGUUGGCUAUUGUGCUAUGCCGAGCUGAUUGCUUACUCCAAAACUGCAAACAAGUGGAGCUCUGUUAUGCUCAAAAGAAGGCUAUAAAUGGCAGGGAGACAGCGCAUAGGUCGCCAGUACUAUGAGGAACCACGAGGAUUUCGUGAUGGCCCUCCUCCUCGUCUUGCACGAGAAAGGUCCAUCUCUCCACGACGCAUCGAGGGAGAGCUGUCUAGCCGCCGUGGUGAGAUACGCAGAAUCCAUGAUGACAACCAACAUCUGGCGGAUGAAAUUGUUGGACUCCGGCAAGCAAUGUCUCGUUUGAAAGAAGAUCUCCAUUCCUCAAGUCAGGUUAUACCUAAGCUACGUGCAGAGAAAGAAAUUGAAUCGAGGGAGCUGACUCAGAGGAACCUGAAGCUGGAAGCUGAGCUACGCUCCUUAGAACCCCUUAGGCAAGAUGCCUUGCAUCUACGAUCUGAAGUAGGUACGCUAGAGUCUUUGAGGCAAGAGCUGAACGCAAAGGUGCAGGGUCUGACAAAGGAGCUUGAGCAACAGAGCUCUGAAAACCAGCGCAUACCUGCCAUGAUUGCUGAACGUGAUGAUCUGCGGCAGGAACUAAUUCGUGCUAGGGCGGCUCUUGAUUACGAGAAGAAUGCAAAGCCAGAGCUGAUGGCACAGGUGCAGGCAGUGGAGAAGGAUCUUGUGACUAUGGCUCAGGAGUCUGAGAAGCUUAGGGCUGAAAUUGAGAAGAGAAGGGCACCACCACCUAGGGUCAGCGGCUAUGGAGCUUACGGACCGCCUCCUGGGAUGGGCGUGCAAGGCAUGUACGACGGCGGCUACAAUACCUACACAGACAGGCGCUACGGUACGGGUGCUGGACCAUGGGAACCCCCUAGCUACCCGCGCCCUUGAUUUACAAAGUUUCUGAUAUCUCUCGUACUGAAGCUUGUGGUGCUGGUGCCUUGUUCAGAAGAUUGUAACCAUGGAUGCCCGUGGGCCAUUUAGGGAAUUGUACUUAACAGGCUGUGGACCCUUUUGAUUCUGUUGCUAAUCUUUUUGAUUGGCGAACAUUAUUGCCUGCGAAAAGUGAGGGCUGCUGCAAGCCUGCAUUGCUGCUUUGUUCAUGCUGAAGGUAGUGAAUAAGGAUAACAGCAACCUAAUGUUUCGCAUUCGCCAA